AUGGGGAUCCCAGGGCUGCUCCUGGAGAAACGGGGGGGGUGCUCUGUGGGGCAGAAGAGAGAAGAAUGGACUUUAUGGGGAACAACAAAGGAUACUGCCAGAGCUGCCGAGCCUGCCUCACCUCACGCCAGGGGAAAGAGUCAAACUCACAGCACAAGCCUGACCUAUAACCCCAUCCCUGCCAGCAACCCAGUGAUCCUGAGAACCAAUCCAGCUGUGAUUCCUACUGAGUGUCACUAUCCCAAGAAGGACAAUGUGAGCAGUAAAGCCAUCAAGCCAACCUGGAUUCCCUUCAGCUCCACCCUGUCUGCAGAGGAGAGGCUGGGUUUCUCCCUGCGCCUGAUGAAUGGUGACUGGUGGAUGGGAGAUCAGAUGACACCACCUCAGCCUUCAUAUUGCCCAGGCAGGACACACUGCAGUUCAUGGUGGAUGUGUUCAGGUUUGCAGGAGAUGCCAGGAACUUGAUCUGCUUUGGGUUUCAAGAGGGGGAAACCUU